AUGUCAACAAUGAUGGAAAUGGCUUUAUUACAAAAGAUUCAAGAGCAAGAAAUGAUGCCUUCACCAGCAUCAUCAACUAUUCCUGCUGCUGGGUGUUCGCACGGUGCUGCAUCUUUCGCACAAGAGCGAAUAUGGCUUGAUGAAAAGAUCUAUCACGAUCCAUCAAUAUCACCUGCCAUGCAUAAUGUGGUUCUACCUUUAGUGAUUAAACAUGGCUCAAAGUCAAUUGAGCGCAUUCGUUCGGCCAUUGUUGCUGUUCUUGAACAACAUGAAAUACUUCGAACAGCAAUUUACUUCGAUAAAAAUCGUAACAUGUUGGUCCAAGCAGUGCAAUCUGUAGACAACAAUGAUGCUUAUUCCUUUGAAAUAACAGCAAACAACAUACAAAGUCCCAAUGAAGUUGCUGAUCUACUUAGGAAUGAAUCGGUCAAGCAUUUUGCUGAAUUGGAACAUGGUUUAGUUGUUCGUUGUCAUCUAGUUAAGGUGGGAUCUGAGGAUGACAUGGACAAAUUAUAUCCUCAAGAUCUGGUUAUUUUCAUAUUUCAUGGUGUAGCAUUCGAUUAUAAUUCUAUUGGUUCGUUUCUUCUUGCCUUUACAAAAGCAUACGAUCAAAUGGAACUGGAUGUUGAAAGCGAAAUGAAAUCGAUAGUCAAGACAAAUGAUGCGGCAUUAAGUUUAUAUACUGAACAACCUUGGCUACAUGCUAAUGGUAUUGCUUCUCAUGAUAUGAAUUUGAAAAUGAUUCAUAAUCAGUCCAGCCAAACGACUUAUUGUAUUUUUGAAUGUAGCGCUGAUUGUUAUGAUGAAGUGACGGUGUCCAACAUUGGUCGAUAUUUUCAAAAUCUACUUUCACAUAUCUUCACUGAAAAUACGAAAACCAUUGGAUUCGACCCAGUUUUUGAAAAAAUUGGCAAUCUUUCUCUUUUACCAAUGAACGUUGAAAAUUUAUCAAACGUCAUCGAAUCACUACGCCAUUUCUCCGAAAUAAAACCAGCUUCAUAUGCUCAACACCAAAUAUGGCUCGAUGAAGAACGUCGUUUGCAUUUGGAUGAACCACAAUUGGCAACACACAAUAUGGUAUUCUGCUAUCGUCUUUCAGCUGAUCAUACUUUGUCCGUUCAGCAGCUUCGUUACGCACUCGAUCUUGUUGUUGACAAACAUCAAUCUCUAAGAACAGCACUUAUUUUUGAUACUACAAAAAGCAUUCUCACACAACGAAUUGUUGACCAACAGAAUCAUAAAAAUAAUCAGUUUUCUGUAGUCGAAAGUAUUUAUGAAACAGAUGAACAACUGGAUGAAAUUAUGCACAAUGAAACACAUAAUCCUCACGUUUUCGAUCUUGCUCAGGGUCGUGUCUUCCGAUGCCACUUUAUUAUUGGUAUAAUGGCUAUUGAAAUGAGUGGAAGUGUAUAUUGUCCAUUGUCACCUAGAGAUCCACAAAAUCGUUUGUAUACACUUAUAGAACAAACUCAAAGUCGUAUUGUUCUUAUUCAUUGGUUGACAAGAGCGAAAUUUCAUGAUAACGAUAUUGUUUUGAUUGAUAUUCAUUCGAUAGUGGCUAAUCAUGACUCAAAGGGUGAUGCUGAUAUUGAUCGACUAUCCAAUGUCAGAGUGACAUCCAAUGAUAUUGCUUAUCUCAUUUUCACAAGUGGUUCAACUGGCAUACCCAAAGCAGUACGUGUAUUAAAUUUAAAUAAUACAGAACAGUACUAUAUUCUGUUUGGUUCAAUAAUUUCAGGUUCAAUUGCGCCAUCGUAA